UCAGUGCAUCCUCCUCAUGAGCGCAGAGUGUGUGUCGGUUGCUGUAGCUGCAGUAAACACGGUAUUCCCAGGGUUGUUGUUAUUGGAUGUUCAGCCGCAGACGGAAAGCUACUGUCUCACCUGGUUGUUUUUCUGUUACAGUCUUGUACAGGUUUUUCCAGCUUGGGCCUUGGCACUGUUACUUCGCAGGAACUUGUGAAUCUUAAUUAAGGCCCUCUCCUGGCUCACAUCACUCCACACACUCCUUCCUAUAACAUACACACUCAGGGCAUUCACUGUGUUCCACCUCACCUCAGGGCCUGCAGAGAGUGCUCAGUGUAAUCAAUACACACCCUGCAGCCACCACUCCAGCCUCACAUUCAUCUAACACUAACACAAACAGUUUCUCUCUCCACACACACACACACACACACACACACACACACACACUCGCCAUUUGCCUCAUCACCAGGACCAUGCUGAGCCAGGAGUUCUUUCAGAAGCUGAAGUUGCCAGAUCUGGAUGAUGUUAGUCAGUGCAUCAGGGGUGCCUCUACCCCCAUGUUAGUUAGCAUGGGGGCAGUGGCCGUCGCGGCAACCUACUACCUGGCAACACGACCCAAGGCCCUCCCAUUAGUCUGUGACCUCCGCCUGCAGUCAGUUGAGGUUCUGGGCGGAGAUUUGGCGCGCAGAUCAGUUCUUCAAAAAGGAGACGAUCACAUGACACAUUUAUAUGAUGACGGCAGGACGAUGUACGAGUUCUUCCUCAGAGGGGCCCGAGUCUCCAAUAAUGGACCUUGUCUGGGCUCCAGGAAACCAAAACAGCCCUAUGAAUGGAUGUCUUACAAAGAGGUAAUGGGGCGAACAGAGAAUCUGGGUUCAGCAUUUCUUCACAAAGGACACUCCAAGACCACCGACCCCUACAUUGGCAUCUUCUCUCAGAACAGACCGGAGUGGACCAUCAGUGAGCUGGCAUGUUACACCUACUCUCUGGUGUCAGUCCCUCUGUACGACACACUGGGAACAGAAGCCAUCGCCUACAUUAUAGACAAAGCUUGCAUCUCCACUGUAAUCUGUGACGUGGUAGAGAAAGUCAACCUUGUGCUGGACUGUGUCCAAGACAGGAAACACUCUGUGAAAACCAUUGUUCUCAUGGAGACCCCCGAUGCUGACCUGGUCAACAGGGGCCAACUGGCUGGAAUCCACAUCCUCAGCCUGCAGGAGAUGGAGGCUAUUGGAAAAGCCAACCAUCAACAACCAGUGCCUCCGCAGCCUGAGGACAUGGCAGUCAUCUGCUUCACCAGUGGAACAACAGGAAAUCCAAAGGGAGCUAUGUUGACACAUGGGAAUAUUGUGUCCAACUGUUCAGCCUUCAUCAAGAUGACAGAGUUUUCCUGUCCCUUUAGUCCCAGUGAUGUCCAUAUUUCCUUCCUGCCCUUGGCUCAUAUGUUUGAGAGAGUAGUACAGGGAGUGAUGAUAGUGCAUGGAGCCAGGAUUGGCUUCUUCCAGGGAGAUAUUCGUCGGCUGACAGAUGACCUGAACACACUGAAACCUACUGUGUUCCCUGUGGUGCCCCGACUCCUGAAUAGAAUGUAUGAUAAGAUCUUUGGGCAGGCCAACACCUCUGUGAAGCGCUGGGUGCUGGGAUUUGCCUACAGGAGGAAGGAGGCAGAGAUGUUGAAAGGCAUCGUGAGGAGAGACAGUAUCUGGGAUCGACUUAUCUUCAGGAAGGUUCAGGCCAGCCUCGGAGGUCGCGUUCGUCUCAUGAUAACAGGAGCUGCUCCCAUCUCUCCCACUGUUCUGACUUUCCUCAGAGCUGCAAUUGGCUGUCAGUUCUAUGAAGGCUAUGGACAAACAGAGUGUACUGCUGGGUGCACAAUGACCGUGCCCGGGGACUGGACUGCAGGUCACGUUGGAGCUCCUCUGCCCUGUAACUUGGUUAAACUGGUGGAUGUUCCUGAGAUGAACUACCUGGCUGUGAACGGAGAGGGAGAGGUGUGUGUGAAGGGUAGUAACGUGUUCAAGGGCUAUCUGAAGGACCCAGAGAAGACAGCAGAGGCUAUUGAUGCAGAUGGAUGGGUUCACACCGGAGACGUUGGAAAAUGGCUUCCGAAUGGCACGCUGAAGAUCGUGGACAGGAAGAAGCACAUCUUUAAGCUGGCACAGGGGGAGUACAUUGCCCCUGAGAAGAUAGAGAAUGUCUACAUAAGGAGUGAUGCAGUAGCACAAGUCUUUGUGCACGGAGACAGCCUGCAGGCAUGUCUGGUCGCAGUAGUGGUCCCUGACCCUGACUUCCUGUCUGGUUGGACUAAGAGGACCUUGGGGCUGGAUGGCAGCUAUGAGGAACUGUCUGGCAGAGCGGAAGUCAAAGCAGCUAUCUUGGAGGACAUGCUGCAGUUGGGCAAGAAAGGAGGCCUCAAGUCCUUUGAGCAGGUGAAGGCUAUCUACAUCCACACCGAGUUGUUCUCAAUCGAGAACGGCCUGCUCACUCCAACAAUGAAGGCCAAGAGGAACGAAAUGCGACAGCACUUCAAACCCCAGAUAGAAGAGCUUUAUGCUGGGAUCAAAAUGUAGAAGGAGAGGGGGAGAGCAAAAUGCAAGGACACAAGAGCUCCACCAAAGGUGUUUUAGAUGAAGAGAAAAGGAAGAAGCAGAGAGAGGAGUAUAAGCUAAAGCACACAUCGGAAGCAUAUGAAGAAAGAAUCAUCAACCUGUUUUGUUCUCAUGGCUAGUAAAACUAGAGACAACGGGAACAGGAGGUGACGUAGAUUUUGAGUAGAUUUUGAUUAAGAGCAUUUAGAACAAAAUCAAAUGACCUGUAGGAUCUAUGGCACACAGUACAAAACCUCUGAGGGUGCAGAGUAGAUUUUAUGCUUAAAGUAAAUGUGUCCAUUGAUGAAUAGUUUUGCCGAAGCUAUUUACAGUACAAAUUCUGUGGUAAUGUGUUGAUUCUAAUUAGCUAUUUUGUUAUAUUAUCCCCAAUAAGGGCAUUUAAAAGGGAAACAGUUCUCUGUAGCAUCAGAUAUCUCAGGAAGUGGGCGUCAUGAAGCACAUACAGUAGCUCCUUACACACAUAUACACACUUUUUAACUUUAAGGAUGAGGGAAAACUCGGACCACUGAAAUGGGUUCACUGAGGGCCAUGUUGAUGAUUUUUGUAACCCAAACACCCUCACACAUCACAACUGGAACAUUUCAGUGUCUUUGAGAUUUUUUGUCAGAUGUCAUGAUUUUAUUUUCUUAUGUUUGUUGAGUUUGUUCAGGUGAAGUUCAGGAUUGUUUCUGCGGGUUCUUAAAUCUUUUCAUGAAUAAGCUUUGGUCCAGGUGGGACCCUUGGUCCAGUUGGGACCCUGGGAACCAGCAGAGUGAGCCAUAUUCAAGAUCGCCCAAACAGAGGUAGCUGUUCACAGGGAAUUCAGGUACAAAAGAACACUCAGGACAUAGGGAAACUGAGUCAAUGUUUUAAUUUAUUUAUGAUGGUAACAGGAAUAGAAGAGAUUUGUUGGCAGAAUCAGUUUUUUUUAAAUUAUUAUAUUAGGGUGAAAAGAUACAUUUCAAAAUAACAUUGUUCACAACAUGAAUGAAAUCCUCUUGAAUGUUUAUGGUUUUAAGUUCAUGGAAGUACUUUUGACCGUAGUCUUUCUUUAAGUGUUUUUACUGUCAUCUCAUAUUGUUUUAUAAAAAUUAAA